UUUCUGUAAAUCGACCGGCAUAGGGUCUCCUAGUGUUCUCGCGUGACCAGACCCGCUCAGAUACCCAUACGCGAGGAUUUACCGUUUUCUGUCGCUCCGACGCUUCUUUCUUUCUCCUCUCCGCCGCCGCCGCCCCCGCCCCCGCCCCCAUGGCCUCCGGGAUCAAUCGAAGCCAGGUCGAUCUCGUAGAUUUCGUCGAUUGGAGGGGAGUCGAAUGUCUCAACCAGAGCUCCGCCCACAAUAUUGAUAACGCCCUUAAACAGGGUUAUCGGGAUGACGAUGGGCUGCAUCUUGAGAGUGACGCGGAUGAGCAACUUCUCAUCUAUAUUCCCUUUACCCAGGUGGUUAAACUACACUCGGUUGUGAUCAAGGGCCCGGAAGAGGAAGGUCCAAGAACACUGAAACUCUUUGCUAACAAAGAGAACAUGGGAUUUAGUAAUGUCAAUGAUUACCCACCCAGUGACUCACUUAUUCUAUCGCAGGAUGAUUUGAAGGCAAAGCCUAUUAGUGUGAAGUAUGUAAAAUUUCAGAAUGUUCGUAGUUUGACAAUUUUCAUUGAAGACAAUCAAGCUGGCAAUGAUAUCUCAAAGAUUCAAAAGAUAGCCCUCUACGGAACAACGGUGGACACCACCAAUAUGAAGGAGUUGAAGAAGAUCGAGGAGCACUGAGAGUUAGAUCCUCAUUUCAUUAUAACCAGAGCAUAGAGAUUGCUGAGUAUAAGUUUUGAGUAUAUAUAUGUGAUUUGAGAUUGUGAUUGCUUUUAAAUUAUACUUCUUAAGUUCUCAUAUAUGUAGUCUUUUUUGCUCAAGAAAAUCUUUUUAUUGUUUGUUGGUGGCAGAUAUUAGUUCUUGCCAUGGUUUAAAAUUUCAUAAUACAAGA